AUUCCAAUUGCAUAAUUCAAGCAUCAUAACAAUGGAGAGAGAGCUAACAUGAAUUUAGUGUGUGCUGACUGAAUUUUGUAACCAUUACGGUUUGAUCAAAACAUUCAAAGGAAGAGUUGUUUUUCACCAGAAAGCAAGAAAUAAAAAAAACAUCAAGAAUUGUUUAUGUUCAGAAAAAAUUGGCAGCAUCACUGUGCUGAGUGGAUUCAUUAUGGGAAGUGCGAGGAAAUCCGCAAUAAGAUUCACUCUCUUUUGGAUACUGAGUCUGCUUUUUUUAAAAAUAAGUGCGCGAAGACCAGUAAAAUGUCCUGAAAGUUGUAUAUGUACUGAAGAAACUGCCCAAUGUGACAACAGAAAAUCGAUUCCUCAGAGAUUUCCCCCAGAGGUAGCUCAUUUGUCAUUCAUGAAGUCUGGUUUCAGUGAAAUUCCAGAAAGAAGCUUUGUGAAUAUAAAGUCCCUCCAGCUUCUUUUGUUUACUUCGAACACAUUUUAUUCAAUUGCUGAUGAUGCAUUCAAGGGCCUUGAUCAUCUGAAAUAUCUUUUUAUAGAAAAUAAUAAAAUCCAGUCUAUUUCAAGGCAUGCUUUCCGGGGCCUCAAGACAGUUUCUCAUUUAAGUUUGGCAAAUAACAACCUUCAAACCCUUCCUAAAGAUUUAUUCAAAGACCUGGAGUCAUUAACCAAUAUAGAUCUUAGAGGCAACUCUUUCCACUGUGAUUGCAAACUGAAAUGGUUGGUAGGAUGGUUAAUUUCCACCAACGCAACAACUGAUCCGAUUUAUUGUGCAAGUCCAGGAAAGUAUAAUGAAACAAAAGUAAGCCACCUUCCACUGAAAGAAUUUGACUGCCUGACUGCAGAUUUUGUUGUUUACCAGACCUUGAAAUUUCAGUCCUUGUCAAUUGAAAGCUUCACUUACAUGAAUGAUAUUUAUGUAGCAAUUGCCCAACCUGUGGCUGGAAACUGUGGCAUCCUUGAAUGGGAUCAUGUCGAAAUGGUUUUCAGGAAUUUUGACAACAUUACUGGCACUUCGACAGUAUUCUGUAAACCUUUGAUCAUUGAGGGUCAGUUGUUUGUAGUUGUUGCCCGGCUUUUCGGUGGCUCUCACAUUUACAAAAGGGAUAUUUCUGCCAACAAGUUUAUUAAAAUCCAGGAUAUAGAUACUUCAAAAAUCAGAAAGCCAAAUGACAUUGAAUCAUUUCAAAUAGAAGGAGAAUGGUUUUUCAUAAUUGCUGACAGCUCCAAGGGUGGGACUACUACAAUAUAUAAAUGGAAUGGAAAUGGAUUUUACUCUCAUCAAUCAUUGCAUCAUUGGUACAGAGAUAUAGAUGUGGAGUACUUUGAAAUAUCUAACAAGCCACAUUUAAUCUUAAUAAGUCUUUUCCAACGUCCUGUUAUCUAUCAGUGGAACAAAGGGAGGAAAGAAUUUGUUUGGCGUAUUGACAUCCCUGAGACAGAUAAUGUAUAUGCAGUCAAACAUUUUAAAAUCAGAGAUAAUUUAUAUAUUUGUUUAACAAAAUUCCUUGGCGACUCCACAAUAAUGAAAUGGAAUGUCUCCAUGUUUGUGGAAGUACAGACAUUUCCAUCACGGGGAUCCAUGGUAUUGCAGCCUCUUAAAUUAAAUAAAUGGCAGUAUGCUAUUCUGGGAAAUGACUAUUCAUUUACUGAGAUUUUUCAAUGGGACACAGCCAAAGGAAAAUUUAUAAAAUUCAAUGAAGUCAUCAUCCAGGCUCCAAGGGCAUUCACUGCUGUAUUGGCUGAUAACCGUGAGUUUUUGUUUGCUUCAAGUUUUAAAGGAAAUACGCAAAUAUAUGAACAUAUCAUAAUUGACACAAGUGGAACAUAAGAAUGCUGACUUUGAUGUAGUUACAUUAUCAGAAAAAUACUUCUUCAAACAACAGUGAAUACAUAAAUAUAUCUGGAUAUGAUAAUGAAGGCCAUGCAUGACUUUGUAUUGCUGUAUUUUAAAAUGAAGGCUGUUUUUAAUUAAUAUUACAAGAAGAACAAUACUCCAUGUUAUUUCCCAUUAAUCUUAUUGAGGUAACAUGUACAAUUAAUACAAACUAAUUCUUAUUGAAUUAACUUGCACUUACUC